AUGGUGCUUUCUAAGAUGGCCAUGAAAGUCAUGAAAAAGCCGGCGGCGGCUAAGUCCACGAAGACCAAGAAGGUCAAGGAGGAGGAGGAUGAGGCCAUCACGAAGAAAGGGAGCAUGAAUGAUUCCAUCAAGCGAAUGAAGAGCUCGGCUACCUUGUGCAUCGAGGAUGGGAAGGCCGACCACGACAUGGAGGGGGAGGAGGAGGAGGAGGAGGGGGGUGACGAAAGCACCUCAAGAGACAAGGGCUUUGCUCUCAAGUUUCAGAAGAUGAAGAAAGACCUGCCUGCCUACGUGGUGGACUUGGUGGAGACCCAGUCGGCCAAGGCAGCCCACCCACGGGAGUUCAAGUCGAAAAUCAUCAACAAGCUGUUCAAGAGAGAAUCUUGGCUGCGAGAUUAUGUUAUGAGCACGGACAAGUCAGGCAAGAUCCACUUGAACUUGCAAGAUGCUUGCUUUAAAGAGCACAAGAAGCUUUACAACGAGAAUUUCUCCAAGAGCUCCGAGAUCUCCUACCCCGAGAGCAUAUUCAAGGGUAUGUUCUAUGCCAACAACGACGACAAGUUCGAGGCCGCCCUGGCAAAGGGCGAGAUUUGCGAGGCGAAGAGCUCGGUCCCAGGAGUCAAGUUCUUUAGCUUUCAGACCUUCAAGGCAGUCCAGAAGACAGGGUGCAUGGAGGAGGAGGAGCUCUCUUCGACUGCCAAGGUGAGCAAGGAUCAGGCCAAGAUCUUGUCCGAGUGCUUUUCUCGCAUCGGCUGGAAGAUGAAGCACUCCACCGAUGAGACCAAGAAGUUCGCGAAGGGGGGCUCCGUGCCCACCAACAUCGAGGCAGUGCUUCGUACGGCCUUGGAAGCCCAGCAGAAGCUCUCCAAGGAUGCCAUGAUUAUCUUGAAGAAGUGGGGGGCGGAUGAUGAUACGACGAAGAACCUUCGCAAGUACCACAAGGGCAGCCAGGAGUUCAUCGUGAAGCUGGACCACAUCAAGCAGUUUCGCGAGCUCCCGGAUGACGAGGCCUUGACCAAGCCGAAUUUCGACAAGUUCCUCCUGAAGGUGGCCGAUCAUACGGAGCAGUUCAAUGUUCUGGUUGAGAGCAGCAAAGGGGCCUUGAAAGCCAAAAUCAAUUGUGGGCUGAGGCAACGACUGCAAAGAAGUAGAGAGGAAAAAAACCAAACCUCUGAUCUUGCUGCCUACUUGGUGGAAGAAUGCCUGUGGGGAUCAAUGUCGCCGCAACAAGUGCAAAAAAUAGCGGCUUUGUCAUGCAGGGAUGCAGCGAGGGCCAGAGAGACCGGCGACAUGCCUGGAGAGCUGGAAACUUUGGCCAAAUUGGGGGCCAGUGGCCUGUAUCCGAACAAGUGUUGGGCCGACUUGACAAGGCAGCUGGCCCCGAGCAUCAAGGUGCCACCUGCGGUUCUUCAUAAGGUACCGACCAAGGCGGGUCUGGAUACACUUCCGGUGCUCAUGCCACACGAGCUGUUGGCAUCCAUUUAUGACACUUUCCCAGCUGUUUGGGUUAAGGUUGUGAAGCCGUCGGAUAGCCGAGCCGAGCAGUUUUGGCGCUCAGUGAAGGGCCAUCCUGCACUGGAGUCAAGCCCACUCCUCGCUCGGCCGAAUUAUCAGCGGCUUUGCAUACCCCUGGGUGUUCACGGCGAUGCUGUUCCAAUCACUGGGUUGGGGAAAGCUUGGUGCCAGCAGUUGACCGACCUGAGUUUCAUGAGCCUUUUGGGUCUUGGCUCUGUGAAAGAGCUACUGUUUUACAUGGGUGGAUUUUGGGAAAAGCUGAGAGUCAUGUCGAAUGACAUGAAUGGCACCGCUCACAAGUUCUUGGCAGUGCUGGCUUGGUCAUUUCAAAUCCUCUGGGAAGGUGUUUGGCCAUCAGCUGAUUUUUCGGGCAAGCAGUACCCGGCAGGGAGUCAGGAAGCUCGCAAAGCUGGACAACCUUUGAUGGGAGGACAUUUCGCUUUCCUUUUCUCUUUGCAAGGCGAUCUUGAUUAUUAUGCAUCGGUCCUUGACCUCCCAAGAAGUACAUUGGCUUCGGGGCCAUGUGCUCUGUGCCGGAGCACGAAGGUCGGCCCUUGCAGCUGGCAAGACUUCCGAACUUCUGCGGCUUGGCGAGCCACGUCUUGGAAAGCCUCCGAAUGGCGAUUGUGGUCUGGCAAAUCAUCCUGCCCUUUGCUGCAACUUCCUGGAACGAGCUGUUGGACCGUGGCGUUUGACUGGCUUCACAUAAAAUACCUCGGCCUAGACCAGUUUUUAUAUGCCAGCAUCAUCUUCAUGCUCGUUUUUUACAUCCUUCCUGGGACCCCAGAGGAAAACAUGCAGUCCUUUUGGAAGCUUUUGCAGCAACAGUACUCAGAUUUGGCUGUUCCAUGUCGCUUCAGAUACCUGAACAGGUUAAGCAUGAUCCUUAGAAAAAAAGGAUCUCCCAAAUUACGAGGCAAGGGGGCUGAAGUACGACAUCUCAGUCGUCCGAUUUUCAACAUCUGGGCGGCCAAGAUGAACCCAGCAUUGGAGAUACAUCGUAAGAUCCACCUCCUCCUUAAACUGAAUGCUAAUGCAGAGCAGCUUUUGACUGAUCACCGUGAGCUUUUUGCACUGCCCUCGAGAGAUGCUUCGGUAUUCGAGACCUCUAUCGAUGGAGUUCUCAUGCUGCAGCACCAGCUGCAAGGGCACUUUCAAGAUGAGCCUCAAAAGCUCUUCAACGUCACCGAGAAGUCGCAUUUUGCUCAGCACUGCGGCAUUCUGGCUCGGCAUGUUUCGCCACGACUUUUAUGGUGCUUCAGUGGAGAGGACCAGCAGAGACGAGUACAGGAGCUCACACAGGCAUCGGUCAAGGGGAAUGGCCCCGGUUCUGCUCUUAUCAAGGUUGCAACAAGAUACAGAAUGGCUUUACAUGUGCAAUUUCACAAGAUCGAGGCCAAGAGGGCCUGA